AUGUUUGAAUUUGGACGACUGGCGGUUGUCCUCUCAUAUAUUUCCUGAUUCGUUUUUUUUAUAUAUUCUCUACUGGUUUUUAAUGAUAAGUGAUGCAAACUUGUCAUAUAUCUAUUGAUAAAUAGCUGUAGUAUUUUGUGAUAUUAGAAACUUCUCCAAAUGUGUAAUAUUUCUUCAAAAACUCAAAAAGGAAAUUUGAUAUCUUGCAAAUUCCCCGAUGUGCCGUUUCUUGUUGCUAAUUUGAUUUUGCAAAAGUUGGAGCCCAUUGAUCUAUUAACAGUUCGUAAAGUUUGUCGAAGUUUGAGAGCAUGCGUUGACAAAUUGAAAUCCCAUUUCGAUACAAUCCUCCUUGACAUUAGAAAAGAUCACAUCGAUUUGAUAUUGGACGGAAAUUGGAUAAGAUACAGUGCUGGCUACGAAGAAUCAGAAAAUUCAUGUUUUUCAAUACCAUUUUGGAAAGCUCUGUGUAUUGAUGCAGGAAAACGAGGUUCAACGCGUUCAAGGAUUUGAAGACAUCAUUGAAGCAUGUAUCAAAAUUGGAAAUUUAUUACUGUAUACCAAAUAGAUACGACGUUUUUGCAUCUUUCAUUGACUUUUUGAAAUCAAAAAAAUUUAUUCACUCUGAGAUGAUAGUUUUUCACAAAUUCCCAUUCGAUGACGUCAUUUCUAUCCUUCCAUAUUUCGAUGCACAAACACUGGAGACGAUUGAGUUGUGCCGUUUUGGCUCACUGGAUCAAUUUGAACGGAUAAUUUAUUUGGAUCAGUGGAGAAAUGCGAAGACCUUCAAAUUUGAAAAUUCCUAUUUUUGCAGUAAGUUACUGGUUCAUUUGUUUCAUUUUCAAUGUUUUUAUAUCAACGAAAUGCUCGACUUUACAACACAAGUUGCAGUUAAAAUUAGAGAUGAUCUCAUGAGAAGAAGUACAUUUCAAUGUUGUCAGAUUUAUUUCGAAAAAUCUGACUCAAUGGAGCUUGCAAAAGUAUUCAAACCGGACUAUACUGGCGGAAUUGAAUUCAACAUCGAAUUUUCUGAUGAUAACUUAAAUUUCUUGGUUACUUGUUCACGUUUGCAUUUUGAUAGUUUUAUUUUCUCUGUGAAAAGAUUAUGA